AAUGCACCGCGCGAGCGGACCGGUCCGCCAUGUUUGUGUAUGACUUCAGCGCCGUCUUUACAUAAAACCCACUGUGUAUCAGCUCGACUCCCAAAAUACCAAAAAAAAACAUACACACACACCGUCUAUAUCUGUCCAAAUGCACCUAUCCACGGUUAUAAGGAAACAAACACCCUGAAGACACCUGCCGUCCAGUGUGAUGGCGGCCAGUCCCCGAGAUGAGGAGUUCGAUGAGUAUGAUAAACCGGGAGCUGAGAGAUCGAGGAGACGAAGAGGAGGAGAUGAUGAUGAUGAUGAUCUGGACAGCGAUAUGGAAGGCGACCUGCUCGAGGAGGACUGGCUCUCGUCUAAGAAGAAUCCGUCAGAGCUGUCGGACGAGGAGCUUAACGACGACCUGCUGCAAAGCGACGAGGAGGAGCAGAACACCAGUGGGCAGGGUGCAGUAGUGAGCCUGAACGCGACGUUGGGUUUCAGCGAAUCGUACGAGCUCCAGGAGGACGAUGCUUACACAGCGGAGGAGUACGAAGCGUCUGCUGCGGGGGGGCAGAUGGAGGAGGAGGAGGAGGAGGAGGGGGGGUACAGGACAGAGGAGUACGGAGGAGAGGAAGAGGGAGUGGAGUAUAACACAGGAGGAAACGAAGACGAGGUGCUGGACCUGCAGAUCAACGAGCCGCUCGACGACGAAUUUCAAGUCGAGGAGUACGGCGUCGAGCCCCAGGAAAUGGCUCCGGCGGAGGGGGAGGAGCUUGGAGAGGAAGUCGAAGACGUCUCGCAGGUUACGGAAGCAGAAGAGUUGGCCGAAGCAGAACCCGAGACCGGAGCGAAAGAAGAAUCCGACGAGGAUGAGGAGGAGGACGAGGAAUCGGAGCGGCUGCGCUUUAAAACCGAGCGUAAGGACAGCACCGUGGUCCGUCUCUCCGACGCCAGCAGCAAACGCCGGAGCAUUCCGGAAACUCUGGAACUGACAGAAGAGGCCAAAGCAGACCUGCAGCAGUUUGAGGAAAAGGAACGGCAGAGGAGACAGAAUCGCUUUGGUGACCGAGGGAGAGGACGAGGAAGAGGAGGAGGAGGAAGAGGGAGAGGAGGACCUCCAUCGUUCGGCAUGGGGGGUUUCCGUAAAGAUGGAUGCGCGGGUCAAGGGAGGAUGAACGAAUCCAGACCGCCGCUGAUCCCAAUGAACAUGGGCAUGCAGCCCAGAAUGGUUCCUCCUCAGUCCCAUCGUCCACAGCCCCGCCCCUCCGUCCAACGUGUAGGUCCGGGUCUAUUCCCGGCACCGCUCAUCCCGAUUCCCCAGCAGCCCUUGCAGUCCCUGAUGCCUCCGCGCUCGCCCGCGCCGCACCAGAGGCCGCAGCAGGAACUGCACCCGCAACGCCCGCACGGGCACGCGCACCCACUUCCACACGCACACUCCAACCACCAGCAGCAGCAACAACAACAGCAGCAGCAGCAGCAUCAUCCCAAGAACAUUCACAUCAACCCGCAUUUCAGAGGGCCGUCGCCGUCCUCGCCUGUUCCGCUGAUAUCGUCCUCACCGAAUCAGCCCAGACCCAACCUCGGCCAUCAGAGAUUUCCGGGCCCUGUGGAUUUCCCGCAACACCUCCAGGGUAAUUUCCUCCAGGCUCAGAGACCCCCGCCUCAGGAGCAGUGGAGGGGACCGCCGCCACCUCCUCACCAGGAGAGGGAGCCAUUCUACAGCAGCGAGCCACGUUUCCCAGCGCAGCCCCUGUUCGAUCUCCCAGGCUCCGCCCCCCUGUUAAACAACAGCAUCCUCUCUCUGCCCUUCCCUCAGCCGGGGCCGGGGUUCUGUCCCCCGGGUGGUGGAAUGUUCCAGAGAGACCUUCCUCCUCCUCGCCCCAAUCUGCCCCCUCCUCAGUCGUCUCCUUCCCCACCCAUGCCCCGAGGCUUCAUGGGACCCAGACAACCGUUUCCUCCACAGCAGCACAACGCCCCCUUCAGUCCGCCCCACACGCCGUUCGGCAUGCAGCCUCUAAUGCAGCCUCAGCAUCAUGACCCGCCCCCACCACCGCAUCAUCACCCAAUGCACCACCACCAGCAGCAACACAGACAGGAAGUCCCGCCUCUGCGUCAUAAUCAUCACCACCACCACCAGCAGCAACACCAGGGCCAGCCUGGGGAGCCGCGGUCCAUCAUGCACCUUUCACACCCGCCCUUCCGUCAGCCCAUUCCGGGCGGACCUAGACAGAUGAAACCCCGCCCACAAAACAACAUGGGGCGCAUGAGAAUGGGGUCUCCUUCGUCCCUGCAGCAGCUCCAGAGCCUCUCUCAGCGCAACAGUAACCUGCGUGAGCUCCCCAUUGCACCCGGGAACAUGGACCCCGCCCGCCCGCCUCAGCCUAGACCCGUCACCAAGACCGCUCAGAACGCCAGGCCCGGGCUGGGGCCUGGGGGAGGAGCCAUUGGGCGAGGGCGGGGUUUUGUUAAACCCACCCCACCUACAAGUGCUUCAGAGAUAAAGAAUGAAAUACCAGCUGCACAGACGAGCACACCUGUCCAAAAACCAACGCAAAACACACCCGCGCAGGACGAGGAGGAGGACGAGGAGACGCGUCAGUACCGACUGAAGAUCGAGGAGCAGAAGCGAUUGCGAGAAGAAAUCCUUAAACGUAAAGAGAUGCGCAGGCAGAUGCAGGCCGGGGCCCGCAAAAAGGAGCUCCUGGAGCGCCUCGGGGGCCAAGUACCCGCCCAAGCACCCCCCACGCAGACCCCGACUCAACCCCCGACUCAACCCCCCAUUCAACCCCCGACCACCCCGACUCAGCCCCCAUCAACCGCCCCCAACGGCAUCAAAUCCCGUCUACAGAACCCCAGCCUGGAGCAAAAGCCGCGCGUUCAGAACCCACAGAGACCCGCUCCACAGCUCCCGGGUGCCAGCGUGGGCGUGACGGCGCCCCCAGUGGAGAAGAUCACACCGGUCCAGACGCAGGCCAACACCAUAAGGAAGAGGACGGUCAUGCAGCGGCUUAACAGCGGCGGCGUUGGCACGCCACAGAUCCCGCCAAAAGUGCGAGCUGUUAAACGAGUACUAAACCAGGGAGAUGAAGCCCCGCCCCUCCUGAAUCAGCCGCAGCAGAUGAUUGGUCGAGCCGCUCCACAGCAGAGACCGCCCGCCGGCAGGAAGGUCACGGUGGCAGCCGCUGGACCACCAACGCAACAACAACCACCACCACCGCCAGCACUGCUGCAGCCGCAUCAUCCUGAAGUGAACCAGAGUAACCGGGUGGUAGUCUCGGGCCCAGGGCGUGGUCGCGGAGCCCGAGGUGGUCGUGUGGCGCCUCAGAACAGACAGAGUAACCGAGUCGCAGAGCCUCAGCCCAGCACGGUGUCUAUAGAUGGCCUGUCGUCCUCCACCACCGAGAAUCAGAUCAAAAACCUGCUCAACUCUAUCGGCCCCAUACAGAUGUUUAAGAUGAUGCCGCAGCAGAGAAAAGCCAUCGCCACGUUCGUGAACCCUCAGCACGCUCUGAGUUUCCAGCACAGCUUCCACAGGCACAUGAUCGACCUGUCCCACAUCGACGUGACCAUUAUCGACGGCUGAGGACGAGGAAACGAUCAGCGCUAAAGCAGAGAGACCGGAGCGAGCUCCUGGAACCGAGGGCCGCGUUUUACUCUUACGAUCUCAAAACACUAAACCGAGCCUCGGAGGAACUCGCAGUGGAAACAGAAACGACUCGGAUUUUAAUCGUCCAUGGUUUCACCGUGAGCAGCUGCUUCAUGUUUUGUUUCAAUUCCUAAAACUUGUCAAACUGAGGUGGGCAGAACGCUCUGACUGAUGAGACGCCGUAGAACGUUGUUGUUGUUGUUAUUAUUAGCGUCUGCUAAUAUGAUUGUAACUGUUUUUCUUUUGUCUCUGAAUGAUAUGAGAGUUUUUAAAGCAAACCUGCGUAGUCGACAGCGAUGACGCUCGAUAGCGUUUGCUCCCGUCCUCGUUUAAACACUUUUAAAUGCACACUCCUGGACAAGAUUCUCUCCCUGAAGGCUGGAGUUGCACAUGCCGCCACCACUAGAGGGCAGCAUGCGAGUAGAAACAGAUAUGGGAGAUUUGUUGCCGCACGAUAAUCUGAAUCGCUUUGAGUAAUUUGCUUGUAUGAAGUAGCUGUAGUUCGUAUCUUGGACACGCUCAUGCAACGUAUAAUCAGCUUUUAUUACGUAGAUUUUUUUAUUUCUGAGCUCUGAUUGUGGGUUGGAAUAUUAACUUAGUAUUUGUUUUAUUAUCACAGUUUGCACAGUUGCAGGAUUUUCAGAAGAGUUAACAACACUAACAUGCAUAGUUUUCUCAUUUUCCUUAUUAGCCCUAAGGUUAUAAGAAUUUUUUUUUGAUAAUACCUUUAAGAUUUCUACAUGGUUAAAACACAACCGCAACUGUGCGUUCUGCUUACAUAUGUGAACAAUUAAGUUUUUUCUUGUGAUAAAGUCGUUAUUGAUUUUCUUUUUUCAGUUCUAUCACAGUAUUUCCAGACCUUAACUUUAACAUGCUAAGAUAUUAGCAUUUAGUCAUUUUUUUGGAAGAAGACAGCUUUUUUUUUUUCUUAAUUAGCCAUAGUUUGCUUUGUUUGUUAGAUUUUAAGGCGAGUGUCCUCUCACGGUUUCCUCAGCGGUUAUUUCUUAACGCUAGCAUCGCUCGCCGUGUCCUCAUUAUUUCCUAAUUCAGUGUCGAUCUUUUCUGUUUCGAUUAGCCAUAAAGAGGAUGCAGUAGUGCAUAGCGACAGCUUUCUUUCUUAUCUACGUCCUGACUCUGCAGUUUGAAAAGAGGAAUGCUACACAAACACUGCUAACGGCAAAACAAGAUCCUUAAUUCUUUUUUUUUUCACUUUAUCUAUGCUAACUAUCAAAGCUAUGCUAAAUAUUUAAUCUUCCUCGCUUUUCUUUCACAGCCAGAGUGUUAGAUUUUAAUCAGCAUAAGAUUUAAAGCGCACUUAGGCCCAAUGCCGUUAGGUUUUCAGCUCUUAUUUAACGUCCAAAUAAAGUGUUUGUGUCCAAAUCUUAAGUACCGUCAUGCUAGCUCUGCGCUAAAUACCUUGUAUAUAUCAAUUUGUGGAGAUCCUAAGAGGUUACAAUAUUUUCCUGAGGUAAAAACACCCCAUUUUUUAUCAAUUUGUGUGUCGCCUUGCUAAUCAGGAUUCUAGCAUGUAUAUCUCUUUUUCUGUUCUGUAUGAUAUCAUUACCAAACUCCUUGUCAGUUUCUCACUGUGACUCUGAAGGAUUAGCUUGCUAGCAUCGCUAAACUGCUUUGAGGCAAUUAUAAAAAGGUCCUUGAUUUUUUUUUUUUCCCCCCUUACAGGACUCUUUAGAAAUUUUUUAUGGCUGGAUGUGUUCUGAAGUGCAAUUUUAUUCUUCAUUUAGUGCUACUGGUUCGUCAAGAGCGACGGAUUGUUGCACUAGCUUUGCUAACCAGCCGUGCAAGCGUUUUUUUUUUUUUUUUUUUUUUUUCCCCUCUCCUCUCACGGAUUGUGAGAUAUAAUAUUUUCCUCCUCAGCCUGAGACGGAUUUCCACUUUGUCACAGUUUCUAGUGUAUCGCUGAUGAGCGCCGUAGCUGUCUAUUCUUUUUGCGCUGGUUUUCUUUUUUUAUUAAAGAGAUGGAUGUGUUCGCGUGCACGUUUCAGCUCAGGUGGUUUAACAUGAAUGAAUGCGGCUUAAUAUUUGGUUCUUUUCUCGCGAGCGUAGUAGCCGCCCCCUCAUGCUCGUUCCUUUAGUGUGAAUUAUUCAGUGCUUCUCUGCUCUGCGCUUGUCCAGGAGCAGGUGUGUGUCGGGAGCAGCCGCUAUCAGCGCUCACGAUCCUUGUAUAUAAGACGUGGCUAAACUAGACGUUUCAGAAAAUUCGACUGUAACUGCAGGUGAUUUUCUUUUUUUUUUCUUUUUUUUUUUUGAAGAUCAUAACCUUGUACUAAAACACAAACAUUGGAUUGUUUUACACGUUCUGUGAGCUGCGCGCUCAUGCCGAAGGUUUAUCUUUGCCAGGCUUAUUAUCAUUAUUAUUAUUAUUACUAUUAUUAUUAUUUGAAAAUGUUUUAAAGAUUAAAAAAACAAGGAAAAGGAACAAAAGAAUAAACGAUGGUCAUGUGUAUAUAAUGUUACGACACGGAUGUGCAGACGGGUCACUUUGUGUGCGUGAUUUGGGGGGUUCGGUGUAAUAUAUCUCUCUUCUCAUUUCACUUCACCUUCACAUUCUCCAUCCAUGUGUUUGGGGUUAAAGUGUGUGUUUUAUGUGUGUGUGUUUGUAGGGUGGUAACCCUAACCCUUAUGAAUAUUAAGAAAUUUUACAUCCUGAUGUUUUUAGAAUUUUUGGUUGUUCGACUUUUAAAGCACUUUUUUUGGUUUUUGUUUAUUUAUAUAUUCAUUUAUUUUUGAGCUCAGUCUCAAAGAAAAAUAUUUUUCUUAAACUUAACCAUGUUUUCACAUUUGAUGUUGUCUUCCUAAGACAAUUAAUUAUCUAGGAGCUGGUAAGAGCGUUGCUAUGGUUACAGGAUGCAAGAGUUUUAUUACGGUUGUCAUAUGAUUACGUGACUUCCUCUGGACAACAUUAUUAUUAUUAUUAUUAAAUACAUUCAAUUUGAGGAAAUUAAAAAAAUUAGGGUUAAAAAAAAUCAUCAAAUGUGAAAGCAACCUUAAUUCAAAACAUGCUUUAUGUAAAAUUUAAAUACAUAUCAAGGUCUUUUAUUUCAAAUUUCAAAGUGAUAGCUGAAUAUAUGAAACAGGUCAGUAUUUAUUUCUGUCUCGUCCACAGGUGUUCUCGUAAAACGUUGGUAAGACGUCGUUAUCAUUUUGUACGCGCAUGCUGAAAUUUUGCUCGUUUACAUUUUGUUUUUUAAUUUGUUUAUUUAUUUAUUUUUUUACAUUUUGAUCUUCAGAUUUAAGCACACUUUUUACAUUUGUAUUUAUAUGGAUUUUAAUUUUAUUAUUUUAACUUCGAACCGUAUCAGCUAUGCUGACCUGUGUCACGUGACACAUUUUUUUAGACGUAUAUGAGAUUUAAACUGAUAGGAACAAAUCUUAUAAGAAAACCUGGAUUCAUGUUGAAUCUUGAAGUAACUUCAUUAGAAGUUUGUGGUCACCUUUUUAUUUAUUUAUUACUAUUAAUUAACCUUAUUUUACUUGUACUAUGAUGUGGUUCAGUUAUUAGAAUCAUUUGGAGGACCUUAUUCCAUUUUGCAACAAUGUAGAAGAGGGCAUUAUUUAUUUUUUAUUUUUUACUAUGAUGAUUAUUAUUUUGCAAUGUUGGAAACUUUUCCAAAUCAAUUUUAUAUGUUGAAAAUCACUGAAACUGUUUUAUAAUUAGUAACUCCUUAAAGGAUAGACUCGUCAUUUUAGGUAAAUUUUAUAUAUUUUACUAAUUAGAUUUUUUUUCUUCUCGGGCUAGAUGUUCCAGAGACUGCUGACGGCAUGAAGGGGUUUUAAAGGAGCGGUUCAGCAACGAUUCCUCAAACGCAGUCGAUCAGCUAAAGACCGGUUUGGUGUCCGGUGUCGGCUUCUUCACUUUCUAGCAACAAGGCUAACCAUAAUGAAACAGUGCAGCCUAUAGCCUAAAGAUUUUUAUAUAUUUUUUGUAGCUGUAGGUAGAUUUGGACACUUGUUUUUAAUGAAAAUAUCAGCCUUGCAGCUCUAGUACGUAAGCUACCAUCGGACACCAAGCGCAUCAGCUGAUCUUUACUAGAUUUGAGCUCAAAACCUUAAAGGGGCAGUGUGUAAUAUUUACAGCCCUGUCGCUUUCCAGACAAUAGACCAUAAACUUUACCAAGCUGUCAACGCAAUCCCAACAACAUUGUAAUUGUCCUUGAGUUAAAGGUGGUAGAUUCAAACAGCUAUGAUUUGCCUUAGAGGAGGUGGGGCUAAAUUCAGACCUAGAAAAAUGUAAACUCAAAUCAGGGCAAGACAUUGCAUUCUUUUAAAUUUGUUAACUUGGUCAGUUCUAAAUUGCUCAUUUAGAUGCUUUAUCAGUUAUAAAGAGGAAUCUAUAAUGAACUUGGUUUUGUUCCUGCUGUGUUUUUUUUUUUUUUUUUUUUUUUUUAAGCCUUCUGCUUGUUUGAAGGACGACACUUAAAAGGAAACAUCUUAACCAGAAACCAAGUUAAGCAGGAGGCGGAGCUAACGUCUAGGUCAGAAAGAAAGAACCAGAAAAAAAGAGCGAUUCGAUAAAAAACAACAUAUAAACUACAUUAAUUCUAAAUUUUUUAUUUAAAAAUGCUCUGAUUUAUUAAAGGUUUUAAUAAUAUCCUAAAUAAUUGAGGUUUGUUAAUCUUGCAUUCUGCACCUUUACUCGCUGAACCGCACCUUUAAUACUCGGGUUUUGAUUGAACUAAUGACUGGUUUGUCCACAGAGUGUGUUUCCUGGCGAGCGGCUUUUUUAAAAACUCUAAUUCUAAGUAAUUUUUUCCCCCAGGUCCAGGGGCAGAACAACUUCACCAUCCUUUCUGUUAUCACUGUCUUUUCUCUCUUCACAGUUUUGCUAAACAUCAAAUAGAGAAUUCUGUGAAUUCCUUUAUGCUCUCUAUCAGCGAAUCGGCUUCUCCACGCUCGACUGCACCUUUAAUGUUCACAUGACCUGCCUUUUUUUAUAUUAAAGCAGGGAGGACGUGGCGUGUGGAUUUCCUUAGUUUGUUUACCGUGGAUCAGUGACGCUGCACCCAAGCGAGCAUUCACACACUCGAUCAGAGCUCCGAGUGAUUUCUCUGUUACACGCACACACACACACGCACACACUUCUGCGUUGUUGUUGGGGAUUCGAAGCGAAAGCGAACGCUCCAUAUAAAAAGACAAUGUACUGUACACUCUGAAAGUCAUGUGAUCACUCAAAACUGUGUGUUUCUCUAAACUGCUGUCAUGGCUGUACCAGUAUGUACACGUGCUCUUUUUGUCAUCAUGUAAAUGUUAAAUAAAUGCAAGCACAAAUCCCAAAACAAUAAAAUUAUCUGAAACUAA